CAGUACAAUACAAAAUAAAAAUAAAAUGCAGUGUUUGUGUUAUUUCGUGUUACAAAUUAUUUGAAUUGUUAUUUUGAAGAAUACUUUGGGACUUAUUUUAUUUUGCUUAAUUAUAAUGACGGAGAGUGAAGAAGAGUAUUUAGAAGAUAGUGGUAACGGUGUAAAUUUAACAGGAUUUCUUUUUGGAAAUAUUGAUGAAUUAGGAAAUUUAGAAAGCGAUAUUUUGGACCCAGAAUCGCAGAAACAAUUAUCUCUGUUGGGAAAGUUAGCAUUUGGAUCAAUUUUAAAGGAAGUAAUAGGCGAAGAAGAAAUCCAGACUAAAACAGACUAUGAGUAUAGUUUUGCACAAAAUGAAAAUCUACAUAAUUUAGAUAGCACUGACAAUGCAGAUCAGUCUGAAAAUUAUGAUCAAAAAUCUCCGUCAGCUGAAGAUUUCUUUGACAUCAAUGAACUGGCAAAUGAAGAGGAUCCACCCUCCUUAAAUGAAAUCAAUGAGAUUAGCUACGUGAAAGAGUCGAAACUUGAUGAAAAACUAAUGCCACCUCCUGCAAUCCCCGACGGUUCAUCAUCUAAUGUUUUAGAAACAGCGGAAGGAAUAGAUAAGAAGAAAUUGGAUACACCACUUGCUGCUAUGCUACCCUCAAAAUAUGCUAAUAUUGAUGUCACCGAAUUAUUUCCUGAUUUUAGGCAUGGAAAGGUAUUAAGAUUUUCAAGAUUAUUUGGUCCGGGUAAGCCAACCAGUUUACCAAAUAUUUGGAAAAAUGUUAGGAAGAAACGGAAGAAAAGAAAGCAUAAAGAACACGAUUCGGAUUCAUCUGAUGAUGAAAAACCAAAACAUCGGGGAUGGUUUCCUGAUUAUGCUUUAAACGUAUCUCCAGAUCAAAUUAAAAGUGAUGAUGAGGAGAAGUUUUUAAAAGCUAUUGAACAUCCUAGUGAAAGUAAUAAACAAGAUGCCGAAAAAAAAGACGAGUCUGGUCCUAAAGCGGCAGAUUGGCGAUUUGGACCUGCACAAAUUUGGUAUGAUAUGUUAGAUGUCCCAGAAACAGGAGAUAAUUUUAAUUAUGGCUUUAAAGUAACCAAUGAGAGAAUGACAUUUAAAAGUACACCUGAGGUGGAAAAUAAUGAAUUUUCCGAUGAUGCGUUUCUUAUGGUAACUCAACUUCAUUGGGAAGACGAUGUUGUAUGGGAUGGAAAUGAUAUUAAACAUAAGGUAUUACAAAAAUUAAAUAGCAAAACCAAUGCUGCUGGAUGGGUUCCAAGUAGUGGUAAUAGAACAGCACAGGCAUUUAGUCAACCUGGCAAAGCAGGUAAUAUUAGGAUGCCGAUAAAUUCAAACCCACCACUUCCAGGUUUAAAACAAAAAACACAAUUACAGUUUACUAGACAAAGAAACGAUCAAGAUCAAGACGAUACAUGGUAUUCCAUAUUUCCUGUAGAAAAUGAAGAUUUAGUUUAUGGGAAGUGGGAAGAUGAUGUAAUUUGGGAUACUGAAAGCAUGAGCAAUAUUCCUAAACCUUCCAUAUUAACUUUAGAUCCUAACGAUGAAAAUAUUAUUUUAGGCAUACCUGACGAUAUAGAUCCCUCAAAACAAAUUGCAGGCCAAGCUACUCCCGUUAAAGUCAAAAUUCCUCAUCCUCACGUUAAAAAAUCUAAAAUUCUUCUUGGUAAGGCUGGAGUUAUAAAUGUGCUUCAGGAAGAUACACCACCUCCGCCGCCAAAAUCGCCGGAUAGAGAUCCGUUUAACAUAUCUAAUGACAUAUUUUAUCAGCCUCGUGCGUCUGAAUCUACACUACGAUUAAAGGUUGGAGGUGGCAACUUAAUUCAACAUUCCACACCUGUUGUUGAACUAAGAGUUCCAUUUAUACAGACUCAUAUGGGUCCUAUGAGAUUAAGGAAUUUUCAUCGUCCUCCAAUGAAGCGCUUUUCUCAUGGAAAGUUAGCAAAUCCAGGACCUCAUUCUGCAUUGCCUUUAGUCAAGUACAUUAAGAAAAAAGCUAAACAAAGAGAACAAGAAAGGAUGGCUUCUGGAGGUGGUGAUGUAUUUUUUAUGAGAACACCAGAAGACUUGACUGGCAGAGACGGUGAUUUAGUUUUAGUGGAAUUUUGUGAAGAACAUCCUCCUCUUAUGAAUCAAGUGGGAAUGUGUUCUAAAAUAAAGAACUAUUAUAAAAGAAAAGCUGCUAAAGAUGUAGGACCUCCAACUUAUAAAUAUGGAGAAACGGCUUAUGCACAUACUUCCCCAUUUUUGGGAAUUUUACAUCCAGGUCAAUCUAUACAAGCUAUCGAAAAUAAUAUGUAUCGAGCUCCCAUCUACCGUCAUCAGAUACCUUCUACAGAUUUUUUAAUUAUACGAACCAGACAACAAUAUUACAUUAGAGAAAUCGAUUCUCUAUUCGUUGCUGGCCAAGAAUGUCCAUUAUAUGAAGUACCUGGUCCGAAUUCUAAACGUGCAAAUAAUUUUGUUAGAGAUUUUUUACAAGUAUUUAUAUAUCGUCUGUUUUGGAAAAGUAAGGACAAUCCCAGGCGUAUAAAAAUGGACGAUAUUAAAAGAGCUUUUCCGUCACAUUCGGAAAGUAGCAUAAGAAAGAGACUUAAACUUUGUGCUGACUUUAAAAGAACUGGAAUGGAUUCGAAUUGGUGGGUUAUAAAACCUGAAUUUCGAUUGCCCACGGAGGAAGAAAUUAGGGCCAUGGUAUCUCCCGAACAGUGUUGUGCUUAUUUUAGUAUGGUAGCUGCUGAACAGAGAUUAAAGGAUGCUGGUUAUGGAGAAAAAUUUAUUCUUACGCCAGCGGAAGAUGACGACGAGGAAAUGCAAUUAAAAAUGGACGAUGAAGUUAAAGUCGCUCCUUGGAAUACGACUAGAGCAUAUAUACAAGCUAUGAAAGGCAAAUGUUUGCUACAGUUAAAUGGACCUGCUGAUCCUACAGGAUGCGGUGAAGGGUUUAGUUAUGUAAGGGUACCGAAUAAACCGACUCAGAGUAAAGAAGAUCAGGAAUCACAGCCAAAAAGAACUGUUACAGGUACUGAUGCCGAUCUUAGAAGAUUAUCUCUGAAUAACGCUAAAGCACUUCUCCGAAAAUUUGGAGUACCAGAAGAGGAGAUCAAAAAACUCUCCCGUUGGGAAGUCAUCGAUGUUGUACGUACUCUAUCUACAGAGAAAGCUAAAGCUGGCGAAGAAGGAAUGGACAAAUUUUCGAGAGGAAAUAGAUUUUCAAUUGCUGAACACCAGGAGAGAUAUAAAGAAGAAUGCCAACGAAUUUUUGAUUUGCAGAAUAGAGUUUUAGCUAGUUCCGAAGUCUUAAGUACUGAUGAAGGUGAAAGUUCUGAAGAUGAGAGCGAUGAAGAUAUAGAAGAAAUGGGGAAAAAUAUUGAAAAUAUGUUGGCAAAUAAAAAAACUAGUACCCAGUUAUCCCUUGAAAGAGAGGAACAAGAACGACAAGAAUUAAGAAAAAUGAUUUUGGAAGGGGAGAAAGAUAAAAAUAAGGAUAAGAAGAAGGACGAAGAAGAAAGUCAAGAUCAAUCUAUUUUCUCUCAACAAGGAAGGGUUUUAAAAAUAAUAAGAACGUUUAGACAUCCUAGUGGAAAAGAAUACACUCGAGUAGAAUAUGUAAGAAAACCAGCAGUGAUAGAUGCAUACGUCAAGAUCAGAACUACUAAGGAUGAUAGUUUUAUUAGACAAUUUGCUACACUAGACGAGGCACAAAAAGAAGAGAUGAAGAGAGAAAAGAGAAGGAUUCAAGAACAACUUAGAAGGAUAAAAAGGAAUCAAGAAAAAGAAAGAUUAAUAAUGGUACAACAGCAAUUACCAAAAACAUCUUUAGCUCCAAAUAUUCCAACUGAAAAGUUGCCAAAUCCAAGCGAAAUACCUACAUCGCCAUCCGCUCCUACAAAAAGCGCGACAACUAGCCCAUCAAAAAGUAGAAGAAAAACGAAACUUAAACCAGACUUAAAACUUAAAUGUGGUGCAUGUGGAAAUGUGGGCCACAUGAGAACAAAUAAGGCCUGUCCGUUAUAUCAUAAUAUUGUUGGGGGAAAUUGUUCCUCCAUGAAUGUAGCUUUAACGGAGGAACAAGAAGAAGAAAUUGAAAAACAGUUGAAUACCGAUGAUGAAGAUUUAGUCAACGUCGAUGGAACAAAAGUAAAACUUUCCGGAAAGCUAAUUAAACAUGCUGAAGAAAUGAAAAGGAGAAGUCUUCUAUUAAAAGUACCUAGAGAUGUGAUUGGGAAAAAGAAAAGAAAAGCUUUAUCAGAUUUGCAUUGCGAUUAUUUAAAGAAACAUAAUAAACCCGCUAACAGACGAAGAACUGACCCGGUCGUUGUGUUAUCAACAAUCCUAGAAAAUAUUCUUAAUGAAAUGAGAGAUAUGCCUGAUGUACAACCUUUUUUGUUUCCCGUCAAUUCUAAAAUUGUUAUUGAUUAUUACAAAAUUAUUCAGAGACCAAUGGACUUACAGACAAUAAGAGAGAAUCUCAGGCAGAAAAAAUACCAGAGUCGCGAAGAGUUUUUGGCUGAUGUGAACCAAAUAGUUGAAAACUCGACGUUAUAUAAUGGAGCCAAAAGUAGUCUAACAGUAGCAGCCACAAGGAUGUUAAAUAAAUGUGUAGAGAGAUUAAGGGAAAAGGAAGAACGAUUAAUACGUCUAGAGAAAGCUAUAAACCCUCUUUUAGAUAACGAUCAAGUUGCUUUUACAUACUUAUUAGAGAAUAUUUUGAAUACUAGAUUAAAAUCAUUGUCAGAGUCAUGGCCUUUCCAUAAACCAGUAAAUAAAAAGAAUGUAAAAGAUUACUACACAAUAAUUAAGAGGCCAAUGGAUUUAGAGACCAUUUCUAAAAAGAUUAUCACUCAUAGAUAUCACAACCGACAUGACUUUUUAGUAGAUGUGCAGCAAAUACUAGAAAAUUGUAUUUUAUACAAUGGAAAAGAUUCUCCAUAUACUGAGAAAGCAGAAAUGCUAGUUCAUACCUGUAAGGCUGCAUUGGAUGAGUAUGAUGAACACUUAACCCAGUUGGAAAAUAAAUUAGCUUUAGCAGAAGAAAAAGCAAUACAAGACGAUGAAAACUGGAUGGUAAAUGAAGAUGAAAGUUUCUCACUGGUCGAUCAUGAUAGAGUGAGUCAAUCCAGCUCUCCAGAUCACUUAUCAUCGAUAAAGUCGCAACUUGAUGACUACGAUUUUGUUGACGUUGAAGGUGAUAUUACAGUGGAUGAAAUUAGUCCUGAGAAGAAGAUCAAAUCAGAAGAACCUGCAACUUUGGAGCAAGAUUUAGAAUUUUCAAGUGAAGAUGAAUUAGAUGAGGUUCCUCUAACCGAAUUUGAAGAUGAUCAAAAAGGACUAAUAAUAUCUGCAGAACUUCCUGGCGAGGGUGCUGACGAUGACAGUCAGCAGGCGGCAGAAGCAAUGGUUCAAUUAGGAUCUAUGGGUUUUUAUCAGCAAGAGGAAAGUAUGGAUAUAGAUCCGAAUUAUGACCCUUCCGAUUUUCUAAUGUCUGGACUAACAGUAGUAAGAAAAGUUGAAGAAACAAUGCCACGUCAAGGUAUAAAAAUUCACGAUGAUUUAGCAGUGAGUGAAAGUGAAGAUGAGGAAAUUUCACAAGAGAUUCAACCUGAUCAAGAAAAUAUACAAGAAGAAGAUGAUGGAGUGUGGUUUUAAUUAUAAACAUUAAAUUUAUUUUUAUUUUUGUGAAUUUGUUCGAAUUUGAACAAUACCUAGUAGGUACAAGAUAAAAUUAAAAAAAAUAGACAAAAUACAAAAAC